AUGUCCGCAUUGACGGAGACCAUUACCACCGGUGUACAGCCUGCGUACCACCACCAUGACAAGGACGAUGGUUUUCGAGAAGACCAAGGAGGAGAAAUCAACGGUCAUGCCCCGGCGGGUCCAUUGACAUCUGGAUCAACCGCCGAGGACCGAAUACCGUCACCGAGCGCAUCGGCACGAGCAGCCGCGGCAGCAGGCGGCGGCGGCGGCGGCGGAGACUACAGAGAUAGUUCGGCAGCAACGCUCGCAAGGGGCGAUACUGCGACAGGCGGCGGCGGCGGCGGCGGCGGCUGGAGAGACGAGUACUUUGUCGCUGCUGCUCCGGCGGGGGCGGCGGCGGCGGUGCCUGGGAGGCGAAAAGCCUCCGUCGUGCUGGGAGUGCCGACGGUGCCGAGGCCGAAGGGGGUGAACUACCUCGAGCAGACGCUGCAGGCCGUGCUGGCGCAGGUGGACAAGCAGGAAUCUUCGACCAACGGUACCCCAGAGGGCGGGCUCGCCAUCACCAUCCUGGUGAUGAACGUCCACGGGCCGAGCCACGAUACCUUCUACAAGGCCCGCGACAAGUACGCGGGGCGACGCGGAGUGAUUUUCAUGAGCGUGGGGGAGGCGGUAGACGCCGACGGAGCCCCCAUCGUUGUCGGGGAGGGCGAGCCGCUGACUCCCAAGGCCCAAGCCCGUAAGAAGGUCUUGCCGCUGACGAAGGUCCGAGAACAAACGCGGGACCUUGUGUACCUCCUAAGGGCGGCGGCAGGUCUUGCCGACCACUACCUCUUCAUGGAGGACGACAUGCUGCUGUGUCCAGGUGGGGCGGCGGCGAUCGGUCGCAUGGUCAGCAAGGCUCACAGCUACCACCCCGACUGGAUCGCGAUCCGCGCCUCCUUCGGCAUGAACGGCAUCUUGAUCCAGGAUAAGGACGUGCUGACUUUCGCCAGCUACCUGGAGAUGCACCAGAAGCGCCGACCGCCUGACCACCUCGUGGUGGAGUGGUUCGCCGGAGAAACUCCAGCCAGUGCGGAGUUCAAGGGCAACAGGCAACACAUGGCGUUUCGGUUCAACGUGUUCCAGCACCUGGGUUCGGUGAGCACGCUAAGGGGGAAGAUAUCGCCGGAUUACCCCAAGUGUUUCGAGGAGCUCACCAUCCAGACGCUCUUUGAGGUAGAAGCGUUCGACUUCAAGGGCUGCCCCGACGAAGACAUGUCGCCCUGCGACGUCCCCGCUAGCGCCAAGUCGGGUUUCCCGAAGAUAAUGUGGCGGGACCUAUACGCGGAGGAGGGGCGGCGGAGGAGGUCGUGAGACGGAGGCGCAUUCUCGGGAGCAGUCACAGCAGGUGUACUGCUACUGUUUCUCUGAUGGUGCGGAGGGAGAAGCGCGGACAAGGGGAGGAAAGACUGGUACGAUAGGUCGAAGGAGGUGGGGCUUUCGAGUUGCAGGAGCAGCAGGGGCAUGAGGCAGCAGCAGGAAGAGAAACAUGGUAAGUCCACCCGCUCAGGCCUUGCUGGCUAAGGCGGGAUUGGGCGCGGGAGGAGUGUCGAUACAAACACACGGCUCAAUCUCGGGGGGGGGAGGGGCGGUGUUCCUCCCGAAGAAGGGGGCGCCUUGUGAGUGGUGAGGGUCACUUCGCACAGCUUGCACGUGCGGGACUUGUGCUUGUGCAGGCGUUUCGGUGGCACCACAAGCGCCUGUUCGACGUGGUUCGGUCGUGUUUCUUCAGCCAAGAUUCGAUGAGAGUGUUCGGGGGAGAGGGGCACGCUUUUUUGGUGGUUUGGCACACAUACAAGUGGAGAGGGGCGUGUGUGUGUGUGUGUGUGUGUGUGUGUGUGUGUGUGUGUUUUCUCGUCAUGACCCAGUCGCGCACGGAGCUUAGAGAUUACCGCGGGCUCCCGCGACUGCGGUACAUGCCCGCCGACACGCAGCUCCUUGAGAGCCUCGUAUGACCACAGGCUCCUCUGUGUUUCAAGUACCUGCCCCCGCACACCGGCACUGAUGUAUGUAGCACACACCUCGUCGGUUGCAUGCCCUGCUGCCUCUAGCGGGGGAGUGGGUGCCACCUGUAUUGCUUGUCGGGGCUAUCCUUCGAUGUGUUUGUGGGCUUCUGCAGGGGGAGCUUGUGAUGCUAUCAUUGGCCUCGCAGCGUGACGAGAAACGUGGGUUUCGUUUUCUGAUGCCGGUGCCCCGCCCCCGGAUCCUCGCUGUCAAGCAGCAGUUUUGAGUGGAUGACAGUGGCGUAAGAGCUUUCGGGGAGGGCGCUUGAAGCUACCGCUGUAUUUGUUUUUUGUUCGAAUCCUUUGUUGAAGUGCCUUGCUUGCAUAUGGUGCUGUAGUUUCGAUCUGUUCAUAUAUGUGGCGCACUUGUGUGUGUGUGUGUCUUUCUGCCCUCCGCAGUCUGGUCUUAUGGUAUUUAUUUUGGGCGUGUCUGCUUCAGCAGACAAGCAGACUGGCCCCUUCUCUCUUCUCUAUUUCCUGUUCCGUGUCGAGAGCCGGCCAUUGCCUCAGAGGACUAGGGGAGCCCCUGAUUUGCCUUUGUUGUAUUAUGUUGAGAGAGAGAAA